UGCCACGUGAUAGGACCUGGCGAAAACUCUAAUGCGUAUGGUUUAAGUUUCAGUGAAGUUCCUUGUCACCGUAUCCAAUGGUUAGAAUUAUCAUCAAAGGAGGUGUAUGGAAGAACACUGAGGAUGAAGUGCUUAAAGCCGCCAUAGCGAAAUACGGAAAGAACCAAUGGGCUCGAAUAUCAUCUCUACUGGUUCGCAAAACACCCAAGCAAUGUAAAGCUCGUUGGUAUGAAUGGCUCGACCCGUCAAUCAAAAAAACGGAAUGGUCGAAGACAGAAGAUGAAAAGUUACUCCAUCUUGCCAAGUUGAUGCCAACGCAAUGGCGAACGAUAGCUCCAAUAGUUGGAAGGACUGCCACUCAAUGUUUGGAGCGCUACCAGAAGCUAUUGGACGAAGCAGAAGCCAAGGAUAACGAAGAAUUGGGUCUCACUGGCCCCGAUGGAGAUGCUGGCCCCAGUGCAGACGACGUUCGUCGCUUACGUCCCGGAGAAAUUGAUCCCGACCCCGAGACAAAGCCCGCACGACCAGAUCCCAUUGAUAUGGAUGAAGAUGAAAAGGAAAUGCUUUCAGAAGCUCGAGCACGUUUGGCCAACACUCAGGGAAAGAAGGCCAAAAGAAAGGCUCGUGAGAGGCAAUUGGAAGAAGCUAGGCGUUUGGCAGUUCUUCAAAAGAAACGAGAACUCAAAGCUGCUGGGAUAAUCAUGCGACAUAAAACCAAGAAGAAAGGAAUGGAUUACAAUGCCGACAUCCCGUUUGAGAAAAAACCUGCACCUGGUUUUUAUGAUACAUCCGAGGAACAGGCUCGAGUUGCUGCUGCCCCUGUAGGUCAAACCUUACGCCGAAUGGAAAACAAGCGCAAACCAGAUGCAGAAGAGGCUGAAAGGAAAAAAAGGCAACGCAAGAACGGGAAAGAGGGAGAGGGCCCUGGUCAUCAAACCAAGUUUAUUCCGGCUCGAGAUGCACAAAUUCAGAAGUUGAAAGAAGCAGAGUCGAUUAGUAGGAGGCGAAAAUUGAUGCUCCCUUCUGCGCAGGUCGGUGAAGCGGAGCUUGAAGAGAUCGUUAAGAUUGGUCAAGCUGGAGAAAAUGCGAAAGCCCUUGUCGGUGGAGGUAGUGAUGCUAGCGGAAGGCUAUUGAGUGAUUACGAAGGGUUAGAGAAUGCUCGGAUGGCUCGAACACCUCGGACUGCCCCCCAAGAGGAUAACAUUUUGAGUGAAGCACGAAAUCUUCGCAAUAUGAGCAUAGCCCAGACUCCUCUCCUCGGGGAGGAAAACACCCCUAUGCAUACGAAUACAAGCGGAGGAACUGGGUUCGAGAGCGCAACACCUCGUCAUCAGGUCGCGUUUACCCCGAAUCCCCUGGCCACUCCCCUUCGCUCUGGUACCGGGGAUGUGUCUGCUACUCCUCGCGACAUGUCCGUCGGUAGCACGCCGCUUCGUACACCGUUGAGGGACAAUCUCUCAAUUAAUCCCGAUGGGUUCCCAUCCAUUGGCGACACUCCAAGGGAACAACGCCUACAGGCUCACUCCGCGAAGCGAGCAUUACAGACUGGAUUCAUGAAUCUUCCGAAGCCUGAGAAUAACUUCGAGCUGCUGGUUCCAGAAGAAGAAGAAAAUGAAGGAGGUGAUGGUGAAGACCGAGGACUCGUGUUGUCUGAAGAAGAUGCCGAAGAGCGUGACGCAAAGUUACGGCGCGCCCGUGAAGAAGAGGAGAAGAGGAUUUUGUCAAGAAGAACUCAGGUUGUUCGACUUGGUCUUCCUCGACCUGCCAACGUUGAUGCUGCGACCCUACUGGAGCAACUCUCACUGUACGACGAUGUUGAAGAGGGUGAACUCGGCGCCGCUCAAAAGCUUGUCGAUGCAGAACUCGCUUCUAUAAUACAACACGAUUCUCUGGAACAUCCUAUUCCAGGAACCUUGCGGCCGGGUAGUGCCAAGUCGACUUAUGAGAUUCCUGACGACGAAGCGAUUAAUGCAGCAAAGUCUCUUAUACAUCUUGAGCUUGCAUCAUUGGUUGGCUUUCCACAAGCCAAUGUGGAUCAAGUACGGGAAGGCCUAAUUGCUCUUUCGAAAGCAGAUUCCGUGGACGACCACGCGUCAUGGGCUUCUGUGCGGCGAAGUCUAACUUUUGACUCGUCCUCGAAAAUCUGGGUCAAUCCUAGCCAGCUAUCUUCCGAGCAGCGCAUCGCAGGGUAUGAUGCGCUGCUAUCAGAACAUCAAAAUAUUAUGGGACAGGAAGCGCAGAAGAUCGCCAAACAUGAAAAGAAGCUGGGGAAGGUCCUCGGAGGCUACCAAGCUCGCUCACAAGCGAUUUCUAAGAGGGUUACGGACGCAUUUGCAGAGUUGCAGACGACGUACAGCAAUUAUCAGAGUUUCGUCCGCCUACAAACAAACGAAGCAGCUGUUGGUCCUCGGCGUGUGGAUACGCUGAAAGAAGAAGUGGAGAAUCUAGAACGGCGCGAAAAGACACUACAGGAACGAUACGCGGAAUUGGCGGCAGAACGGAAGGAAUCUGAAGCUAAAGUGGCAGCGUUGGAGGAGAAAUUGAUGGCCGAGGCUGAAAAGUUUAACGAAGCUAGUCUUGCUGAGAUGGAGGGUGUAGAAUCAUAGUAUGUCUGCUCGUCGCUGUAUGUACAAUAUGUCUGUAUUCUAGGGUUUGAUGAAAAAAGUUAUAUUUGUCUUUGUCGGAUU